UUUCCUUUUCUUUUUCCCCGGGCCGCAGUCACUGAACAGCAGCCCUUCCGUAGAACUCUUCUAGAGCAACCCUUAACCUCUCAACGCGUAAAGCCCCCAAAGCUACAAUGAUCCGGAUAGCUGCCGCAUUCCUCAUUCUGCUGGUGGUUGCAUGCUCGGGAGAGAGCUGCACGGAGCCGGCCAUUACCCCAUCAGCCUACACCACCUCGGACGCUGUCAUCUCCGCAGAGUCUGUGUUCAUCGUGGAGCUUAGCUUGGUUUGUGCCAAUGGAGCUCAGAGCGUUACUCUGUAUGCUGAUGUGAAUGGAAGACAGUUUCCUGUGACCAGAGGCCAGGAUGUAGGCAAGUAUCAGGUGUCCUGGAGUCUUCCUCACAAGCAGGCCAGUUCAGGAACUUACCAAGUCAAGUUCUUUGAUGAGGAGUCCUACAGUGCACUGCGCAAGGCGCAGAGAAACAAUGAAGACGUAAACGCCAUCCAGCCUCUAUUCUCGGUCAAAGUGGACCACAGGGGUGUGUGGAGCGGUCCGUGGGUUUCCACCGAGGUGGUGGCAGCCCUCUUGGGAAUCCUACUCUACUACGUGGCCUUCAGCGCCAAGAACACCAUCCAAGCGUAAACACCCAAACUUGGAUCUUUAGAGACUGAAUACAGGCGCAAAUAUCUGCUUUGGAUUCAGAGACGGUCAGCAGUCUGGAGGAUUUUUUUUUGUUUCUUUAUUUUU